AUGUCGGGCGACGAUACGAUCGAGAGGAGUGACGAACCGUGCCUGGAGUCGCCCAAACAGCAGAGCUGCUACGGCACGCGGCACUGCCAGGUGUUUCUCAUGGCCCUCAGCCUGAUGAUGGGCAACGCCAUGAAUCUGUCGCUGCCCGUCGCCAUCAUCGCCAUGACCGACACCAACGACGCGAGAAAUUUCACGUUCUACGACUGGACGACGGUGGAGAUGGCCCUGAUACUCAGCUCGUUCUUCUGGGGCUACCUGCUGAUCCAGGUGCCGAGUCGCUACUUCGUGCGCAGGUACGGCGCCCAGCGGCUCUUCUCCGUCGGCCUGUGCUGCAGCUCCUGCGUCAACUUCUCCAUACCGCUGAUCGUGGCGUACGGCGAUUACGUGGCGCUGUGCGCGGCCCGCCUCAUCAUCGGCCUCUGUCACGCCUGCUUCUACGCGUGCACCCACGCGCUGCUGCUCAAGUGGGCGCCGCCCUUCGAGCGCUCGAGAAUGAGCUCGGUGAUCACCGGUGCGGGCUUCUUCGGCACGAUCGUGGCGAUGGCCUCGUCGGGCCUGAUCGCCGCCUCGAGCCUCGGCUGGCCCGGCAUCUUCUACAUCUUCGGCUCGCUCGGGCUGCUCUGCAGCUUCGUCAUCUUCUUCAAGAUCGUCGACGACCCGGAGUCCCAUCGGAACAUGUGCUCGCGCGAGCGCGACUACAUACUGGAGCACAGGCGGCGCGAGGCCGUUCGCUUCGAGGCCAGGAAAUUGACGUGCUGCGACGUGCUGCUGUGCGUGCCGCUCUGGGCGCUGAUCGUCACGGAGUGCGGCUCCAAUUGGGGCACCUACAUCAUCAACUCGGGCAUGCCGAGUUACAUGAAGUACAUCCUCGACUUCAACAUCAGAACGAACGGCCUGAUCUCGACUCUGCCCUACCUCACCAACUGGCUGCUGUCGUUCGCGUUCAGCCGACUGUCCGAUCUGGCGCUGCGCCGGGGCGUCUCGCCGGCCCGGGUGCGACGCGUCAGCAACACCGUGGGCAUGUGGGGACCCGCCGCGGCCCUCAGCCUGCUCUGCCUCGUCGACGAGUACAGCCUCGUGGCGCCCGUGCUGCUGCUCACCCUGGCCGUGGGACUGCAGGCCGCCUCGCCGAGCGGUUUCGUCGUCAAUCAGAUCGAGAUGUAUCCGAAUUACGUCGGGGUGAUUUACUCGACGGCUACGUGCAUCGGUACGAGCGUCAGCAUACUGGCGCCCAUCGUCUGCGGCAAUAUCAUCGUCGACGUGAGAGACGUCGAGCAGUGGCACGCGAUAUUCUACAUAACUGCCGCCGUUUACUUCUUCAUCAACUUGAUCUUCAUGGUCUUCGGGCGCGGAGAGACGUACCUUUACGACUUCGAUGACACCACGAAUACGAACGUAUCGUUUUCGGCGCAGGACGUGGAGAGUGUCGCGGAUAGAUCAAACAUCGAGCUCGUUCGGACGACUCGUCGUGACAAUUAG